AUGAGGAAGCCGGAGCCCUCCGUUGAGAAGAAUAACAUGAGCAACAGUAGUGUGAAGCUCAGAAAAGGGUUGUGGUCACCUGAAGAAGAUGACAAACUAAUGAAUUACAUGCUGACAAAUGGUCAAGGUUGUUGGAGUGAUGUUGCAAGAAAUGCUGGUUUACAAAGAUGUGGAAAAAGCUGCAGACUCAGAUGGAUUAAUUACUUGAGGCCUGAUCUUAAAAGAGGGGCAUUUUCACCCCAAGAAGAAGAGCUCAUAAUCCACUUGCAUGCUCUUCUCGGAAAUAGGUGGUCCCAAAUUGCAGCACGCUUACCUGGGCGUACUGAUAAUGAGAUAAAGAACUUUUGGAAUUCAACAAUAAAGAAGAGGCUAAAGAACUUAUCCUCCCCAAAUACAAGCGACUCAUCCUCCAUUCAAGAACAAAGCAUGAUGGGGAUGUUUGUCGAUUUAUCGUCAUCGGCCUCAUCUUCCAUGCACUCUAUGGCUCUCACCAACAUGGUUGAUCCAUUGCCCAUGCUGGAGCAAAGCCUUAGUACUUCUGGUGGUACCAGUGCAGGUUCUUACUUCGAUCCACAGUCAUGCAUAAGACAGGCUGCUUAUGAUAAUCCCGCAUUCAGUACUGGCAAUCUUGAAGGGCAAAGAUCAAUCUUCUUUCCACCUUUAGAGUCUGGAGAAGUAGAAAGAAGUGCAAUCACUACCACCAAUUUUGUCGAUAGAAACCCUACCAGUAACACAGUGGAUAACAGGAGCAACAUGAUUAACUACUACGGGAACAACAACUACAUCAAAGUCGAAAAUGCGGAUGGAUUUGGGAGUUACUGGGAAGCUGAAGAACUGAGAGUUAAGGAAUGGGAUUUGGAGGAAUUGAUGAAAGAUGCUUCCUCCUUCCCUUUACCUGAUUUCCAAAAGAAUAAUUGGUGAACCUCCAUAUCUUUUCUCAUCUUUUGCUUUUCUAUACGUUGCUUUCCUAAUUGAAAGUGAGACUGGCGUUCACCCUAUCCUAGAAACGGAUUCUGUAUGUAAAUGAAGCCCUAAAGUAGAUUCUUACGGUCCUUUAGCUUCAAGAAACGAGAAAAUUUUCAGUGGGUGCCAUCAUGCACUCUUGGAAAUUUGAUAACUAAGCCACUUGUACAAGAAAAAUGUUUUCCCCCUUUCUAUUAAAAGAAUACUUGCAGGAGGAU